ACGUACGACAACCUCGGUGAACUCACGUACCUGAACCAAGUGCUGUCAGAAUCGCUAAGACUCUAUCCUACGCUUCCAGGAUCGGUGCGCAGGAGAUGUGACCAAGACUGCGAGUACAACGGGGUUCGCAUCCUCAAAGGCAUGAAUGUUUUUGUUCCCACCCUGGAUAUACACUACGAUCCCGCACUGUGGCCAGAACCCGAAAAGUUUGACCCUGAACGAUUCAGCAAAGCCAACAAGGCUGGCAUACAUCCCAUGUCGUACUUUCCCUAUGGACUCGGGCCGCGGAAGUGCCUAGCGUCGGCACUCUCGCAAGUGGUGAUCGCUCUCGCAAUGGCCCUUCUUGUGACGAAAUACAGGUUACUGCCCUGCAUCAAGUACAUCGACGAGCCGCCAAAAUAUGCUGCAGCGACGUUGCUGGGCUAUCCCAAGGAAGGUAUCUGGCUGAAACUGGAAAAACUUUAAGGGAUGAACAAGAAAAUGUGAAUCAACGUCCGUUUUUUUUUUUUUUUUUUUUCUGUGGAAGCGCCAUCGUCGUUAUCGUUUGCAUUCAAGCAGCGAGCUGCACUUUCAACUCCCCGCGUGGCCGAACUCAAUUGCGCGUGUUCUGUUCUCCCACCUCACCGCUGAAAUCACUCGUCA